AAAUAGCAUACACAGGUAAACUAAGUGAUCGAUACUAGGCAGCGCAGCGAGAAAGAUGCAUAGUCAACAAACAGACAAAGAGGAAGACGAUGAAGGCCCCCCACCGGGGUGGCAACCAAUCACAAAUCAUCCGCCGCCACCGCAACAGCAACCGCCGCCGCAACCCCAACCGCAACCGCAACCGCAACCACCACCUCCUAGUCCAUGUGGUUGGGGUCAGAUGGUCUGCGGUUCUUGUCACCGCCUGCUUUCUUAUCCACGAAGUGCCAAACAUGUUAAAUGUUCAUGCUGUGAGGCUGUCAACAUUGUAUUAGAAGCUGAUCAGGUUGGGCAAGUUGAGUGUGGCAGUUGUGCGGUAUUGCUAAUGUACCCAUUUGGUGCUUCACAUGUUAGGUGUUCCUCAUGCCAAUUUGUGACAGAAAUUGGGGCACACAACGAGCGGCCUCCAUGGUCUAUACAACAAAGGAAACCAGUUCCUGCAAAAUCUGGUUGUUAGUGGCCUGCCUAUUGGAUCUAUCAUCCUUGUAUAUCAAACAAAUUAGUUAUGAGAAUUUAUGGAUCAAUAUCAAAAUUGCUUUCCUACAAAGAGGCACAUCCAUAUGAAAUCAUUAUUUAAUAUAAGAUUUUGGAAGCAAUUUUUCCAUAAUUAAGUUUUACUUGACAUUCUUCUAUUCCUCUUCUUGGUCCCUCUCUUUCAUUUCUUUCAUUUGUAACCCUUGAAUAUCCUUGUCAUAUGCUAUUGACUGUCUAAAAUAUAAAUGGAUAGAGUUUAAUGUCUUUAAAGUGUU